GUGGAAAGCUCAAACAAAUUUAUGUUAGCAGCCGAGAUCUUAUUGUUGGCGUAAAUGAUUAUAAUGAAAUCUAUCAAUACGUUAAUAAUACUUGGCGCCAGAUAGAUGGUUCACUCAAAUAUGUUGCAAUUUCUAUAGAUGGCAUUUUAUGGGGUAUUAAUAAUUAUAGCGAAAUUUUUACACGUCAAGAUAAUUUGAUUAGUCAGACAUAUUUGAAUAAUAAUUCACAAACCACUAAUAAUAAUAAUUCACAAACCACUAAUUACGAGCAAAGUCAUUCAAACAUAAUCAUAGGUCUAGGUGUAGGCUUAG